UUUUUCUUUGUUUUUUUCUAAUAUAUUUUUUGAAUUCAAUUCUGGGUAUCCCAUUUUUAAUUAAUGUUGUUAAUAAAUAUGCAUGUUUAUAAUGUCUUUGCAGGGAGAACAGAGUAAAACCUUGAAGCUAUAGUCCAGAACAGCCAUUUUGUUUAGAUUUUUUAUGUACUUUUUUUUUUUUGCCUUAAAUGGGCUGCUUUCAUUCUAAAGUAACAAGAGAAUACCCACAACACGAAGAUGCCAUUGUACUCGCUUCACAAACUGCCUUUACUGUUAGUGAAGUUGAAGCACUCUUUGAGCUAUUCAAGAGCAUCAGCGGUUCUGUGAUCGAUGAUGGGCUGAUUAACAAGGAAGAGUUUCAGUUAGCUCUGUUUAUGAAUAGAAAGAAGGAAAACAUUUUUGCUAAUCGGAUCUUUGAUUUAUUUGAUGCCAAGAAGAAGGGAAUCAUUGAUUUUGGUGACUUUGUCCGUGCACUCACCGUCUUCCAUCCAAAUGCCUCACAAGAGGUCAAGACAGAUUUUGCAUUUAAACUUUAUGACAUGGAUGGAACAGGUUUUAUUGAGCGUAAUGAGGUCAAGCUGAUGCUGAUUGAACUUUUAGGUGAAUCUGAAAUGAAAGUAGCUGAUGAAAUUAUCGAGGCCAUUCUUGAUAAGACAUUCUCGGAUGCUGACAUUAAUCAGGAUGGAAAGAUAGACAUAUUUGAAUGGCAAAACUUUGUGGCCCGUAAUCCUUCGUUGUUGAAAAUCAUGACUCUCCCUUAUCUCAGGGACAUAACAACAACAUUUCCAAGCUUCAUUUUUAAUUCCAAAGUAGACGAGGUUGUUACAUGAUAAGGGCGUAUGUACCCGGUUUAGCAUUUCGAUAUUUUUUGCAUGAUAUGUUGACACUGAUUGUCUCUGUGAAUAAAGUAAA